AUGCAAAGCCAGGACUAUCUGCUGAAUGGUCGACUGGUGAAUAAUAUGGUCAAAAUGCUUUUCACGCGCUGCAAAGUUCAUAUUCUGUACGAUAUCAUCCAAGCGCUCUUUCAACUCAAUCAAAUCUUCGCGUCCAUUCGGCUUCGAUUCAACAACCCUGAAUACGAAAACUACCCGCUCGAAUUCUACAAGAAGGUCUAUCAGUCAGAAGAGAUCAAAUGUCUGUUCGAGCUCCAGCGAGCCAAUAGCGAAAGCGGAAGGAAAGUGGACAUCUACCCGCACAUUUCGCACCGCGUGAUCGAUCCAUUUCUCCCCCGCAAAGAUCGACUCAAGAUCAAAAACAUGCUGCUCGAUAUGCAUACUGAUUACAAUGAGCCCAAUUCGUUCCCCAGUGUCGAGAGCGAAGAGGAUCUCCGAGAACCGAUCGUGUACAGCGAUAACGACAGUCUGGGCAUGUCGAUCGACGACGAUCACGAUGGAGAAGAUCCCAACGAUCCCGAAUACAAGGAAGGCCGUUUCAGUGACGAGGAAGAUGACCGUUUUUCAGGUCAAUUUAAACUGCGUCGACAGUCGUCUUCGAUGAUUUUCGAUCCGAACGAUAUCGAAAACGUGAUCGAGCAGCAGAGCAAUGUGACGGUGGAGAGCGAGCAGGGAGUACUGCUCACGCUGCAUUCGGAAGAGCCAUCGCCGCAGUUCUCUGGAGUUCCGGUCUAUCGGAUUGACAACAUCGUGGAGCUGUCGAGAUCCGCCAAUUCGUCAAGUUCGCAGUUGAGGAAAGUCAACUCGGUGUCCAGCACGUCGUCCAGUCAUUCCGUCUCGUCGAAGCGAAGCACGAUGCAUGGGAGAGCGGGAUAUGAGAAUGCCUCGAAGAACCGAAUCGAGAUCGUAUCACUGCAUUGCAAUACUUUAUUUUCGCACGAUCUCUGCUUUACGCAUUUCCAGGCCGUGGAAUAUUGGAUUCAGCGAAACAUCACCAAGUCUCGAGGCGAAGGAGCGAACUUGAUGCAGCGUCUGAUCGGGCUUCGCAUUGUGCAGCAUUGUUGGCUUCCAUGGAUUGGAGGUGAGACGUAUUCGUUCAAUCGCCGAUUUCGAGUGACAACGCUCCGAAUCAAGCCGCUCGAAGAGAUUUAUGUGUGGGAAGAGCCCGAGUUUUGUCCCUACCAACAUCAAUUCUUCGCGGCGCAGAUAGACUAUUGCUUUAUGUUCUCGCUAUUCUCGCUAUUGCUCGAUUACGAGCACGUCUCAAUUCUCCAAAAGACGCUCUAUGUAAUCUACGCAAACAUGGACUUCUUCACUGGAGAGACCCGAAUUCGACUCUUCCUUGAAGUCAUCUAUUCGCACGCGCCUCGCCUGUUUACUCACUGGUCCCCCACCGUCCGCCAGCUCUUCUAUCGGAUCUUAGUGUACAAAUCGUACCACGCUCGCAGAAGCUACCUUCCCACAGGAAACAGCUGCGAGUGGCUUGCAGUGAUGUACGGACUGAUAAAAGAGCAUUAUGUAAACAAAGAGAAGGCGAGACAGAAGACGAAGAGCGAAAAGGAUUUGUUCCGAGUGGAUAUUGAAACUCAGAAUCAGAUUCUGGACGGGUUUGACAGUUUGGAUGAGACUGCGUUCAAUCAGCGAACGAAUCUAAAUAUGCGAAAGAAGCGGAUCAUGCAGUGCUGCUCGGUUAGCAAACGUCGAGAGUCGGAAGCCAUCGACCUCAUUCUUAGCAAGGUGGAGAUGGACUUCCUUUUGAAUCUGAUCAAGCUGUCAGACCCAGAACCAAGGCUUUACACGCUUGAUUCUUGCAUUGAGGUGUUUAAUGAGAACUUUGUGAAAGACUGUCCAUAUUAUAUCCAGAUGCAAAUGAACAAAAAGGUCCGAUAUGCCAAAGGAUGUCAACAAAUCCUUCCUGAGAACCAACGACCAUAUUAUUGGACUUCGAUUAUGGAGUAUUUGGCUGUCUUGGGAACGUAUGAAAUGGAAAUGGAGGGGACUCGGAAGAAGAGCAGCUUGUUUUCUAGGCUCUUUGGAAGGACUACUUAUGAAGAAUUGCUCAAUAAAAUGGAAGCUCCUGUGGAGGAUAAGAACCCUGAUUUGUCUGCUAUUAUUUCGCCAUCAUAUUACAUGUAA